AUGCAAGAAUUAAAAUUGAUUGGAAAGGAAUGUCCAAUUACUAGAGGAGGAUGCAACUUUUUAUAAUAUGAUAAAGGUAAGUACAUUGUGAUAGGAGGAGUAAAUCGAUCUGAAAAUGGAUUGUAAGAAUUAAAUGAUUUUUGGACAUUACAUUUACCUCUUAAAGAUGGCAAUCUGGCAGGAAUUUGGAAAGAAAUGACAUUAGAAAAUUAAUAGCUCUAUACACCACGUUCAAGUUAAGGAGCAUGUAUAAGUGAUGAUAAGAUGGUUUAUAUAUUUGGAGGUUAAAAAUUCUUGGAAUCUUAAUCUACAGACGAAUUUUAUAGAUUAGAUACAACUAAGAAAGUGUUAACCAUAAUAAAAUCAAAGAAUAAACCAAGAGCUAGAAAUUCUCAUACUUUAACUUAUUAUUAGGAAAAAUUAUUUUUAUUUGGAGGUGCUAAUGAUAAUGGACCAUUAAAUGACUUGCACAUCUAUGAUAUUAGUAUAAAAUGAACUUCUAUAUAUAGAAAGUGAAGUAUGGUAACAGAUUAAGGAUGUUUCAGAAUUAAUAAUGGCAAGAGAGAUGCAUACUGCUCACAUUUUGUAGAUGAAUUUAAAGCCCUUGAAAAAGAGUGAAUGUAAUAAGGCAUAAAAAUUGGUUGGAAUAUUUAAUGAAUUUUAAGGAGAAUCUAAGGAGUAAAUUGAAUAAAUAACAAUUAAAGAGUAAAUUAUUGAAUAAACUAAUAAUGAAUAAUAAUAAUAAUAAUAGAUAGAUGAAUAAUAAUAAUAAUAAUAAUAAUAAUAAUAAUAAUAAUAAUAAUAAUAAUAAGAAAAUAAUCAACAAGAUUAUCUUAUUAUUUUAGGUGGCAGAAAUAAAAAUGAUCUUUUACAAGAUAUUCAAGUAAUUAAUUUAUCCACUUUUGAAGUGGAAUAGAUUGAAAAUCUUCCAACUCCAUUAUGUGCUCAUACUUCUGUUAAAGUCAAAUAAGAUAUAUGGAUUUUUGGAGGUUGUGAUGGUGCUUCAUUAAAUUCAAAUAUCUAUUAGUUAUAAGAUUAAUCAAUAAAGAAAGUAGGUACAAUAUAAACAGCCAUAAUGGCUAGUAGUGCAUUAUAUUCAGAGGAAUUAAAUAAGAUUAUUAUAUUUGGAGGAUGCACUUUAGAUAGAGAUUUAAAUUAAACAUUUGUUGUACAAAUUUGA